UUCUCAUAUUUUUCACUUUCUUUUUUCCUGCUCCCUUUCUCUUCCCAGUGCAGUCCACACGCACGCUACUUAUAUACAGCCAACGCGCGCGCGUCCUACUCAAGAACAACAACCUCAAAAGAUGGAACGAAAUACACCAGAAGGUAUCCACGCCUGGCUGUCGGAAGAAUUCAGCCGACCUGGCUGGCAGUCUGCAAGAGUUGCACAAGAAAUUAGUAGCGAGGUUCUGGAUAUGGUGUUGCGGCGCUAUGACCAGUACCACCAGUCAGCCAAAGUGGGAAUCCUCUUCUCAUUGCUGUGCAUUCGCAAGAACGACCUGCUGCGCUUGAAGCCUACUAUGCAAAAGUUCUUUGCUCGGGCCGUGCAAGACACGGACAACUGGGUGCAAACCACAGCCCACAUUCUACAAGAUGUCCCAACCGACCGCAAACUGAACAUGAACAUUGAAGAAUGGUCUGCUUCGUUCGGUACUUUGUUGACGGAUCUUUGCAGUACCGUCAAAGAAAAAGGGAUCAGCUUCCAUGCAAACGAAUACGCUACCAUGAUCCCCGAAGCUCGCGAAGACUUUGUCUACGGCACCGACGCGUUCAAAGCCAACAAGCCAACCCUCAAGCGACACUUUGUUCUCAAGACACCUCCCGAACAGACCGCGCGUACUAAGCAUCGCAAACAAGUCCUCAAGGCGCUGGUCGACAAGGAACGUGCCGAGUUGGCAGCUACAGCAGCAACAACACCCGUGUCGCCUACAACACCCUUGAUGAAUUCGGGCAUGGUGCGUCCUGUGCCCGGCUCUUUGAACGGUCCAGCUACCAAACGUCAAGCUCUAGCGCCUCCAUCCCAGAAUUUGUUCAUCAACCGAAGUCAGGCUGCUGCUGCUGCUGCUGGCGGCCCACGGCGAACGAUGGUUGGAGGAUCCCAACCGCCACGACCCGCACCAGGCGCAAACAGUCUCUUCAAUACUCGGCCACAAACAAGACCGAUGGGUGCCCCAGGUGCCUCCAGUAUGUUUAUUCCGUCCCGGAAAGGCUCAUUGGGCGGGUCCACUCGACCUCCACCUGUACGAACUGUUCCACCCUCUGCGUCCAUUGGUAACAACAUUGGCAGUCCGGUACCUCCCACCACACCGAAAGGUUUUCAAAAGCAAUCACGUGUUCAAAUGGUGGACUUCUCCGAAUCAACAAGAAUGCUUCAGGAUAACGACCGUAACGCAAAGGAGGCUAAAGAAAAGGAAAAGGCCGAAAAAGAAGCUCAAAAACAAGAGAAUUUGCUGCGACGACAACGGGAAAGAGAAGAAAAUCAGAGAUUCAAGGAAAAGGCUCGGGUUGCAAAGCGCCAACGAGUAACAUCAUCGACGGUAGCUGACGCCAACAGCGAAACACCUACUUCUCCACUCAACCAUCCAUCAGCAUCAUCAUCACCCACUAUGCGUAAGUGCCAUCGUCGUUAUAGUAAAAACUCAUAUGGCGGGGUUCGUCGAGCGUGAUGUUAAAGUGUAUUACUAUAGCGACUGCUGGGUCUUCAUCUCCUCCACCUGCUACCAACACGUCAAGUCCUACCCCAAUCGAUGCCGCCAAUGAUGAAAACUUUAUGCAAGAUUCAUCACGUACGUUCAAAGGCGACGCUUCUUCAUCAUCAUCUAUGGCUGUAUAAACAACCCACAGUGCAUCCACGGCCACCAACCCCCCAUCCAAUUCAACACAUGUUUGCAGGUCAACCAGAUGAUGAUGACGAACGACAACCACCAUCAUAAUCUCUCUUUCGUUUUUCAGUAUAUACACUUCUUCCCUUGCUCUCUCUAUACAUAGCUUUUUCCCCUACGAUGCUAAAAUUAUCAUCAUCACAGUUUCACUCUGUAAUCCCAUAUACCAACCCUUUCUUUUAUAAAUAGUCCUAGUGUUUCUUUGCGUGU